AGUCGCGAUCAGCCGGGGGCGUCAUACGAAGGGGCGAGGAAAUAGGCGAGUCGUAAAGGAAUAGGCAAAAAUGCCACGUGCUGUCUCUCGCGAAAUGUUCAGUGGGACUUUUGUCAACAAAUAUCGCUCGCGACUGUUUUCUUCUUCAACUCUCCUCUAUCCCUUCAUUAGAACUGGACAGCUCUGUACGGAUCCUUCACCAUGGCCACUGCAGUCGUUGGAUUCCCGUCUGUACCAAUGAUGACUCACACGAUGGACGUUGACAUGGAAGGGCACGAGCCAGAGUUGGGUGAUAGAUCGUAUGCCGAGUCAAAUCGGUCGGCUUAUUUACAGGAGAAUCAAUGGACGGCGUAUAUCGAGCCAAUCAAGGAUACGGUCAACAUGUUGAAUCCGGAUGAAGAGCUCCAAGACCUCGAAGCUGCCGAGAGCGCUUUUGGCAAGAUUGAGGAGGAGAGGGAGGCGAUGCUUCAGAGACUGGAAAACGAGGUGAACGAAUUAGCAAAGCAGUAUGAGGCCGCUGCUCAGGACGCUGUACGACCGAAAACUCUUCCACCCGUAGAGGAACAUCUGGCUCAAGUCAGAGAUCUCGAACGACAGCAGGUAUCUCUCGGUAAAUCGAUCAACGAGGAACAAGCCAAGGUCGUUGGAAAGGAGACUGAAUUGAGGGAUCUAAAAACGAGGAAAGAUCAGAUCGUCAAUGUCGACGUUGGGGCUGAAAUGGCUCCAGAUUCCAAAGCUGCCCGACUGAAGCUAUUGUCCGAUAUGGGGUUCACCUAUAUCCCGGGACAAGGAUCAUCAUCAUCCAAAAUCUUAAUCCGUAACGAAGCUAAGCUUGACGUCCACACAGUCGCGCUGGACAACAAGCGAGCGAAAGCCUACUACGCGAAUGUGAUCUGGAGCAUGCUUGGGGACAAGGAGUGAUGACUGAACUGAUCGAUGUAAUGGUAUCCGCAUCCUCAUGUAGAUUAUGUAUCACCCUCUGCUCGUU